AUGUUCUACGUACUCGUUGAUAUCGUAAUCGUGCUACUUAGCCUGUAUCUAGAGAAUCCGGGCUGUCCCUAUACUGGCCUCACCAGAUCCUCUCUUCUCACCUUGUCUCACGCCAUAAUAGCGCCCAUUGCCACGGUAAAAUCUCUCUGGACCUAUCAGUCGGCGCUAGCGCCGCCUUCCAAUGCAUCGGGGAAUGAACACCCCUUCCUGCAGGACGACCCGAUCACCAUCGUAGUCGAUGGCCUCGGACCUGACAAUGGUGCAGACACUGGCGCAAGCCCGUCAGUGGGCGUCGGCGGGAACGACAUAAUCUAUCCAACUGUUUCCGAUCUCGAUAUCUGGCAAGAUACUUCCGCCUUUACCGAUGUAGGCCCUGAGCUGACGUUUCUGGACUCUCUCAGUUUUCUUGUUCACCACUUCGUCAGCAAAUGCUGGUUAUGGAUUCUCCUAGGCGCGGUAAAUGUUAUGGCGCACCUGCUUGUUUGGGUACUACGCACUCAAGAUGUGCGUCAGAUUUGUGGAAAUCUGGUUAUCAUGCAGGCGGAAAUGCAGAAGGAGGGCAAAGCGCUGAACCAAAGGGUGCGCGACCUCGAGGCGGAGAAAGAAGUGUGGAAGGUGCAGAAAGAACAGCUAGCGAAUGCACUGGCCAGCGCUGAGGGCGAUUCUAACAAGCUCCUCAGUGAGAACGCUCUCUUGACCAGCCAGAAAGCGUUGCUAGAGUUUGAGAAAGAGGGGCUGGUAAAUCGACUGCAGGCUGCGCAAGAGGAGCUUCGCGCCGCCGUCGAGGGCCAGAAAGAAAGCUGGGCGGAGCAGAUGGAGGCCGUGGAGGUAUGA